AUGUUCACUCAACACCUGAAAAACCCUCGGAAGCGACGAGUCGUGCUGUCGUAUGCUCAAGAUUGGCUGCUGGUCAUCGUUAUGAUUGGUGUCUUUUUCGCAAUCGACGUUAUUCCACCAUUCCACCGUGAGUUCUCGUUGCAAGACAAAAGUAUCAUGUACACAUACACACCCAAAGAGUCAAUACCUGCUUGGACGCUAGUAUUGAUUUGCUUUCUUGGUCCUAUCAUUGCUAUUGGAUUUAUUGCAUGGUACUUUCAACGAAGUAUGCACGACUUUCAUAGUGGUGUACUAGGAUUGUUCCUAGCGUUAUCCAUGGUGAUCAUGUUGACUGAUGUUAUCAAGAUCACUGCCGGCAGGCCAAGGCCCGAUUUCCUCGCAAGAUGUCAACCGCCACUGGAUGCUCAAGAUCCUCCAAGGGGACUUUCCAAUUACACCAUUUGUUCAACACCCAUUGACUCGUAUGAAAUGAAAGAUGGUUACAAGAGCUUUCCAAGUGGUCAUGCUUCAUUCUCAUUUGCAGGCCUUGGAUACUUGGCAUUCUACUUGGCUGGAAAGAUGCAAUUGUUUGAUGAGCGUGGGCAUACCUACAAGUGUUUUCUUUUUGCCUUCCCAAGUCUUGCUGCAUUGCUGGUUGCUAUUUCACGUACACGCGAUUAUCGUCAUCAUUGGCAAGAUGUAUUUAUUGGGGGAUUGUUGGGUGCCGGAUGUGCCUAUUUCGCAUAUCGACAAUAUUAUCCUUCUUUGAUCCAUGUCGAAUGUCACAACCCAUAUUCAGCAAGGUUCGGAUCGUGCUCCGAUGAUCCAGAACAGCAGCAACAGCAAUUAUCAGCACCUGGAGCCACGGUGUACACAUCACAUGAGAUAGAAGAUAACAGCAUCACAACAACAGCAUCAAGUCAAUUAUCAGAUGAUCGAUACAAGCAUAGUUAUCCAGUUAGAUAA